AUGCGUGCACAGAUCUUGAUGUUAACUACGCAACUUGCCAAGCUUCAGGAAAACCCCCCUUUCAGCAAGAAAGUCGAGAUCAUUGCUGACCCCGGUGCUUUUGAAGGAGACCGGGCUCAAUUUGCCAAAUGGUGGAUCAAGCUCCAAAUUUGGAUCAAAGCGAACUGGAACGCAUUCGCUGAUGAUUUUGAGAUAGCAACAGCUGUGCUGUCAAGACUCAAAGGACCUGUGGCAGGUCAAUAUGCCCAAGUAAGACCCCAGGAAUGCUACACCACGGGUGUAUGGCCUACCUGGGACAAUCUCAAAGUAGAGAUCAAAGAAUAUUUUAAACCACAAGCUAAACGUGACUGGGCGCAUCAGCAAAUCCAUUCCUUCAAACAAGGAAACAUGAGGAUGGAUGACUACGUAACCCGGUUCCUGGCUCUCUCCAUCCAAGGAGGGCUUGGAAAUGAACACACAGUAGAACUGCUGGAACACAAUGUGAACCCCUACAUUGCCCAACAAAUCUACUUGCAGGAUACAAGAAGCAACGACCUGGCCCUGGCGGCUGAGGAAGUUCGAUGA